AUGGAGGAUCUAACACUAAACUACAACAAUAUUUUCGCAAAGUUCACUGAGUGCACAAGCGUGAAGAAGUCCGAAGUCGAUCUGAAACAAAAACAAUUCGAAGUAGAGGAGAUUAAGGCAAAAGCUACCUUGUCCAAAUCUAAAGCUAAGAAUCGCAGCUCUAGCUCAAGUUCCAGCUCGACAAGCGAAGAUGAAGUCCAUGUUGAAAUCGAUGAGCAAGCUUAUGAUCCGGGUGAAGAAUUGAUGUUAUUGGUUCUUCAACAACACCAACAACUUAUGGAAGCAUAUCAGAGAGGGGGCACACGCAGAAGAAGAAAGUUCAUCCGAAGAAAUCGUGAAACCGGAUAUGAGAGGCUUGUCAAUGACUAUUUCUCUAUAAACCUGGUGUAUCACGAUGAAAUAUUUCGAAGACGAUUUCGGAUGCGAAGAGAGUUAUUCUUCCACAUACUGAAUGCAUUAGAGAAUCAUUCAGCGUUUUUUCAACAUAGAGACGAUGUUGUGCAAAGAAAAGGGUUGUCACCACUACAAAAAUGCAUCGCUGUAAUUCGUCGACUGGCUUACGAAGUCCUCACUGACCACCUUGACGAGUACCUACAUAUGGGUGAAUCAACUGUCAUCAGGUGUCUUUUCAAGUUCUGCAAAUACGUGGUUGAAAUAUUUGGUGAUAGGUACUUGAGAAGGUCAAAUACUGAUGAUGUUCAACAUCUUCUUCAAAUGCAUGAUGAGAGACACGGCUUUCCUGGCAUGUUGGGUAGCCUUGAUUGUAUGCAUUGGAAAUGA